AUGAAUGUGAUCGGUUUAUGCCGCUCCACUCAUCGCAUUCUGCAGCAGAUUCCCAGCACUUUAUGCCCCAUUCGUAUAGUCCCUCUUGGUCUACCAUCUUAUCCACACCAGCGUCACGACCGUCCGUGCUGGGGCACAUCGCGACGGACGCAUAAGUUGCCAAAUCCGAUCGCAGCAGCACUAAACAAUUCAGAGCCGUGCCAAAGCAAUUUCACCCACUUCCUCCGACUGCUCUUGUGCCUCAGGGCCGCUUUCCUCUCCGACCCAAAUGUACACCCUCCUCUCGGCCGGUCGACGCCCGAAUCGAGCGUCGCGAGACUGCGGAUUAGCGGAACCGGCCGGUCUGCUCAUAAACUGCCCGAGGCAGAUGAGCAAAUGUCUGCAAUAGCGUCCAACUUUAUUGCUCAAUUAUCGUGA